AUGUUGUGUUGCGCUCUCUGCGGUAGCUGGCUCGAAAAGUCCGUCAAGCCCACAUGGAGGAGAGAGUAUCGUGCUAUAUAUGUGUCGGGCGUCAACAUUUACGAAGCCACGCUUUCCGGCGUUGGUAGAUUCGAGGGUUCCGGGAGAAAAUAUCUACCAGCUGAAUCUAAUAGGCGAUACGACGACGUGGACUUCAACGAGAGUGCACGCGUGGAGUUUCGGUACAGAUUCCACAAGGGCGGAUCGCGACAGGGCGACUCGCCUCCUCGUGUUUGGGGAUUUGUCUUUCAUGCGGCUUGUUGGGACAUCAUCACGAUCCUUUUCCAACCUGAUGUUCAACUCAUCUUUUCGCUGUGCUUCUCGAUGCCGAUUCAUGGCGAAGAUAUCCUCGACUGGGGCCAUGACUAUGGCGGAAUCGUUAUCAGAAUGCCUUACAACGAGAGCCCUCCCCUGCUAACCCACAUCGGCCCCGGCAUUCACGGGUACGGCAAUGAUCCUUACACGAUGUGUUCGAUCCAGAAACUGUUCAAAUCCGCCAACAUCCCGGAACACAUGCUCAUUGACAUCCCGAUCCGAGACAGUCCGAUUAAGGCGGAUGGAGAUGUGUUUCACCAUCUCCCAAAUGAACUCCUGCAAGCCAUCCUCGUCGAGCUUCCUCGUCAAGAUGUCAGAAGGCUACGGCGAGCGUCGCCCGUUUUUGCUAAUUUACACCUGUCAGAAACCUUCUGGGCGUCUAGGUUCUGGCGGGGACACGAGUUCCAUCACAUCUUCGAAACCUUGCGAUCCCGCCCCGACUCUUGGCAGAAACUUUACCUGGCACUGCGGUACAUAAAGCCCCGCCUGGCCGACCGACAGCGCAUUUGGAGUCUGGCUUUGGAACUGGAGAGUCUGCAGAACCAGGUCUCUGACACAGUCUGCAAAGGGGCCCGUCUUCUGACAGCUUUCGACACAUCCAAGAACGGCCGGAUAAAGAAGAAUAAGCAUACAAGCGACUGGAAAGAGCUCGAGCCUUUGUUUGCUCGGAUUGUCCGUUUCGGACCACGCCUCCGCGUUCGCCACCUCUGGGUGUCGUUUGUGCGCAUGAGCGGUCGCUCUUUCGUCUCGGGCUUCCGGUUCGUCAAGCCGAAUGGGAAAAUCAACAGCCUGGGUUACAUCCACACCGACCAAGAGGUCAAGAUUCGCUUUUCGGAUGGUCGACACGAAUCCCCAUACACCAUCUCGGGGUGGCAGUUGGCCGUGGAAAGGCAAGGAUUCCGAGCCGUUGCUGUGUUGACUGCCGACGGUACCAUGUCUCACUGGGUGGGUGAGCCGGACAACGUCCCCAGGUGGCGCCUGGGAGGACCAGGAAAACGGAUAUCAGCCGUCAAGGCGGAGUUUGAUGCACUCAAACUCGUCUCUCUGAGCAGAAACGUCAAGGAAAGCGAGAACAUCGUCGACAGAGGUUUUGAUCCCGAGGAAUAUGCCUGGAAGCCCGACUUACCACCCGAACAUAUUUUCCUCAACCAUCCAGAUGACUAUGUCACCGAUGGUGCAAUACCAUGGCCCUUGGAAACCAUCAUGUUUGGUGGCCCACGCGGAGAACUCCUCUCCCAAUUGACUGAGAUUGUCAUCUACACGAACAGUCUAUGCACGCCCUGCAUCGAGUUUCUUUACACGGACCCGUCAAAGAACAUGUUCAUUGGGGAUGCGGAUUACGUGCUUGACACAUAUGAAGGUCCCAAACGCUCAAUAUUGAUCGACGGGCCUGGUGGAGAGAGGAUAGUGGACGCGAAGAUGAGAAAUGAAGGCCAACGGGACGAUGACCUACUGCUUCAAACAAACCGCGGACGGGAGUUUCUGUUGGGCGACCCGAGGUUUCGGUCAUUUAAGCCGUGGGACUCAUUUGCCCCUGGUUCCCUCGUCAUUGGCUUUUUCCACAUAGACACAGUUCCUAUUGGUCGUAUAGGAGUCAUGUCCAUCAACCCCGAAACCAACGGCAACGAGAGUGAAGCCAAGGAAGCCCAUGAAGGAGACUGAUCGAUCAUUGGCCCUGGUGCUAGAGACAGAGGAGGCACCUUUUUGAAAGCUGGCGGUGGGGCAUGGAAGUCACUCUGGACGCAAACAACAUCAAAGCCGAGGACGGAGACAAACUGAGGGGCAGUUUUCAAUUGACUGGCAGCUACCGGUGAGAUAGAUCUGAUAGUGUAGGAGUCUAGUUGUCCUUGCAACACAUUUGUACCGAGCAUGUGCAUUGCC